CUCCUCCGCUGCUCGGUUUGUGUUCCGGGUGAUGCUGCUCUUUCCUUCAAAGCAGAGGAAAGUCGGGGGCUUGUAUGUCAACAUCAAGGAUUUCCCCCCUAGGAGGUGCAGCGUUUAACGUUCUCCCGAGAUACCCGAUGUUGUCUGGAACAGCUCAUUCUUCUCGCUAGCUUGUCGGCCAUUGGAGACGGCGGUGCGACAGAAUAUAAAGACCAGACGGUCUUCGACUCCCGCCGCUUAGCUAAUCUUAAUUUAAAAGGAUGACUGAGUACAAAGUGCAAGUAGCGUCUCCGGUUAUUUAUUAAUAAUAUUUGGAGACCUGCUAGCUUAGCCAGCUAGCCCGGUAGUUCGAUUCGACCGAGGAAACACGGUAAACGCGCUGGUGACAUGAUGUUUCCUUCAUCAAGGCACUCGGCAUCAUCUCAGUCCAGUCAGCCCCUGAAGUUCACCACUUCUGAUUCUUGUGACCGAAUCAAGGAUGAGUUCCAGUUCCUCCAAGCACAGUACCACAGUUUGAAGUUGGAGUGCGAUAAACUGGCAUCAGAAAAAUCAGAGAUGCAGCGUCAUUAUAUCAUGUACUAUGAAAUGUCCUAUGGGCUGAACAUUGAAAUGCACAAACAGGCUGAAAUAGUGAAGAGACUGAAUGGGAUUUGUGCUCAGGUGUUGCCGUACCUCUCGCAGGAGCACCAACAGCAGGUCAUGGGCGCCAUUGAGCGAGCCAAGCAGGUCACACCUCCAGAGAUGAACUCCAUCAUACGGCAACAGCUGCAGGUGCAGCACCUGUCCCAGCUCCAGGGCCUGACCCUGCCUGUGACCCCGCUGCCCCUGGGCCUCACCCCACCCUCCCUGCCUGCUGUCUCCUCCAGCUCCGGCCUGCUCUCCCUCUCCUCCAUUCUGGCCAACUAUUCUCAUGGCCAACCGCAGGCGGCAAAGGAGGACAAGGCCAGAGACGGUGCAGAGAGAGCACCCAGGGGGGACGAUGGAGACAAGUCAGACUAGAGAAGACAUGACGAGGUGGAUGGAUGGGGUGUGGGGGAAGGUGUAAUCUGUCACAAGUGUCAAAAAAGGCAAAGUUGGGGUGUAAUUGUAAAGGCAAGUCUUGCUGCUGAGUGUUGUAGAGGAGAAACAGCAGGAAGGGUGAUGGGUAAAUUUUUAGAUGUGCGAGAGAUCCUCCAAGGCUGAAACUGGAAGUUUUUAUUGUUUAGUGGUCGUAGACCCAGGUUAAGCACCACCAUUUGGAAUAGAUUUUGUUUUUGCUGAAGCUGUUAUAAGGCUCAAUCAAGAAGGAGGGAGCUGGAAAGUUGAACAGAUAACAGAUUCGGUUUGUUUUUCUGAAUUAAUUUGGCGUUCGUUUCCUCUUUGGUCGCUCUGAUCGUCCUCUGACAGCCACAGUAUGCAGAUUUAAAAUCCAGCUGCUCUUGGACUUCAGAUUUGAAACUCAGCACCGCCAUUGUCUAUGCUCCAGCACAAUAAGUGACCUCAAGCUGUUUGGUUUGCUGAUAACAUCGUUUUUAGCGUUUGAAGCCAGAAUAAAAUGUAAUCUGAUGUGUUUCCGAUAAACAAAAAAGUAUCUAACUGGUAAAACCAACAGCUUGGGGUUUCAUUUGGGUUCACUGGGCUUAAAGCUUCUGAAAAUCUGAGAAAAAAGUAUAUUGUUGUCAGGCAUGAAUGAAAGUUUCAGACCUGAAAAGUUGUUUGUGUGCAAGUAACAGGAAGGAAGUUUAAUUUGACAUUUUCCUUGUAGAAAAUUUCUGAGACUGCCUUUUCUGCUCUUGUCCCGCCACCAUUCUGGUCCAGUCUGACAUAAAACGAUAAACAGGAUUAGAGGCGGACCGAUAUGUUUGUUUUUAAGGCCAAUACCGAUUUUUUAAAAAUAAUUUUGUUGUCGAUUGCCGAUAUGAAUACGUUUUAGCAGUACGUUGAUUGUGAAGGACAACUGAACACUCACCGUUUGCUAUAUUAAUAAACAAAUCAAGAAAUCUAAUACUUAUUGAACUUCAAAUAAAAAAUUUAAAAAUAACUCAAAAGAUUAAAAAAAUCGGUGUGUUGGAGUCUUUCGGGUUCUUUCUUCGGUCUAAUAGUGGCAGCAGUUUGCCACACAGGUGCCUGAUUUAUUUAUUCUUUUUAAUCUGCUUUUUAAAAUAAGUUCGGCCAAUAUAGAAUAAAUGGAAUAUAUCGACCCGAUAUAUCAGCUGUCCUCUAAACAGGAGACAACUGAUGCCAUCAUUUUCUGAAACUUGUUUUCCCUUCUUAGAUGUGUGUGAUUAUCUUCUGUUUAAAACAUCAGUUGAUUUUAAUAGGACUCAACAGAAAGAGCUGCCAAACAAAUCACUUAAAUGUUAAAACCAGUGUUAUUUGCAUUGAUUUUGGAGAUACACCAAAAGUGUCUGUUGGUCAGAACUCGCCGGUAUUCACCGUUUUGGUUUAAUUGAAGAUUGGCCGAUCUGAAACAAAAAAAAUCUUUUUUUCUUUUUGAAGACUUUAGAAAGACUUGCUAAGCAGAUAUACACUGCCUGGACAAAAAUAAAUAAGUUGUCAAUUGGAUUUAACGAAGCAAAUAGAUAAGAGCCUCCUAUUGGAUAAUUAUUGCAUGGGUGUUUAUCUUUCAGCUGGGAACAAGUUAUUUAAACCCAAAUGGUGCAAAGAGUCUCUUCUCAUUUCUGCUCAUCACCUCAUUUCCACAACCAAGUGGACAGAUACAUCUCGUUGUUGCGAAAAAGAUGUUUGUUUGAGAUAGGUCAAAUCAUUGGCAUGCAUCAAGAAGAGAAAACAUCUGAGAUUGCAGACACACAACUAAAAUUGCAUUAAGAACUGUCAAACACAUUAUUAAAAACUGGUCUGAUGAGUCCAGAUGGACCCUGUUCCAGAGUGAUGGUGCAUCAGGGUAAGAAGAGAGGCAGAUGAGGUGAUGCACCCAUCAUAGUGCCUACUGAGCAAGCCUGUGGGGGCAGUGCUAUGAUCUGGGGUUACUGAAGUUGGUCAGGGCUAGGUUCAGCAACAGGAUGUGCUCCCAAGUAGUUCAGCCGACUACCUGAACACACUGAAUGACCAGUUUAUUCCAUCUUCCCUGAUGGCACAGGCAUAUUCCAAGAUGACAGUGUCAGGAUUCAUCGGGCUCUAAAAUAGUGAAGAAUGGUUCAGGGAGCAUGAGACAUCAUUUUCACACAUGGAUCGGUCACCACAGAAUCCAGACCUUAACCCCAGUGAGAAUCUUUGGGAUGUGCUGGAGAAGGCUGUGCAGUGGACAGACUACCAUCAUCAAUGCAAGACCUUCGUAAAACAUUAACGCAACACCAGAUGGAAAUAAAUCUUGUUGCAUAAGCUAAUUGAAACGACGCCACAGAGAAUGUGUGCUGUACUCAGAGCUAAAGAUGAAAUAUUUAGUGAUGUAACCUUUUAUCUUUUUGGCCUGGCAGUGUACAUAAAAAGAAUACCAAAGUUUUUCCUGGUUUUUAAACACACUUCAGAUGAGCACUUAUCCACACUCGGAAUAGCAGACUAUGUAGACUCCCCCCCCCCCCCCCCCCCCACAUAGAAAUGCACAGUUAUUGGCCAAUAUUCUGCAUGAUGGGUUUAAUUCCUAAUUUCUUUGUGUCUCUUUUGGCAUUUCCCUUAAGGGUCACCACAGCAAAUCAUCUGUCUCCAUUUAGUCCUACUUCCAUGAGGAAUUUUGGUUAAGUCCUUUUUGAAUAUUCUGUUUAUAUUUUGAGAUAGAUCUGAAUCAUCCAAACUGGUAUCGGCCGCUCAGAGCUACAUAAGAAUUGGAAUCGGUGCAUCUCUACUUUCAGAAUCCUCAUUUAGGGGUUAAGCAGGCAUUUGAAAAAUCAUAUACUAGCAAUCAUAACUGGAGAAAAUAUGUAUUAGCAGGUAAGAGUUGAGAUGUUUCAGUUGGUAUUGGUCCUUUAAACCACAAUUAUCUUUAAUUCAUUUGGUCUCACUUUUGCCCAACUAACAGUCUGUUCCUGUCUUUAGUGCAUUGCGCUGUUUAACUCUAAAUCCCAACAAUUUAGUCUGAUGUUUGUCGAAUCAGCACAGAACUCCUGUAACUUCGGUUGGGAAGUUUUCUGAAACUUCACUUAAAGGAACAUAAUUUCACUUUGAGCUAAAUGCCCUCUUUUAGUUGAAAUACGACAGCCCAGAAUCCACCUAAAUAUUAAUUACAAAAACAAGCAGGGAGCUGUAGGUGUGCAAUCCUGGUGUUUCUGCCUGUAUUCAGGAGAAAUGGAGUCAGUUGGUUGCUAGUCGUUUCCCCCCUCAUUGAAAAACACAAAAGAAAUGCACCUGUACUGCUAAAUGAAAGAGGUCAUUUACGUUGGCACUUGUCUUUAAAAGUUUAGUUUUAACCGACGUGCAUCGAGUGGCAUGCAUGUUGCAUAAUUUCCUGUAUGUUGCUAGCAUGUUGGAUUGAACUGCAGAGGGCAGCAGUGAGCUUCAGCAUGAAGUCUUAGAGGCUUGUGUGUAAUGAAUCAAUCUAAAGGGAGUCCAGAUCUGUCUGCUGUCAUCCAGUAUUCUAUUCUGUUAUUCCUGUUCUGUCACUCCUUCUGUGUCGUGAGUUCUUUCCAAAGCUUCUAGCAAUCCCCUCUAAACUCGGAACAUUUGAGAUCAGUGUUUUGUUUCGGUAAGCCCUUCAGGUGUGUUAAAAUUUUUUUAGGAAGGUGUGAAAAGUUUUGACCUUAAUAUAUGGAGCACGAUACGUCAUCUUGCUCCAUACGUUGAUGACAAACUCUGAAGUUUAUUUUGGGGGGCUAAACUCAGACGUGGAAAAGUUUGGAGAAUUUGUAUACAUGUGGAUAUAUCAAUAUACAUAUUUUUAAAGCAUUUUUGUAUGUUUCAAAGCUGCUUUUAAGUGUGUGCUUAUCAUGACAGACUGGUGUUGUGAGUGCACACAUUACAAGCCUAAAGGCACAACGUUGUAAUCCAUGAGUUGUCUGGGGAGGGGGGUCCUUCUACUCAUUCUUUUGUUAGGUUGUAAAAUGUAACAUUAAUUCUAGUUUGUAUAUGUUUUUUUAUGUGUGCUAAACUGUUACAUGUGUUUAUAAACACAUUUUAAAAUACUGUCAACAAAAAAAAAAGAUGUAAGCAACUGUGUACUUGUGAGAAUGAAUCAACCUUUUAGCAGUAAGGAAGCUCCUCUGGUGCCUUACAAAUAAAAGUUGUGAUUAAAAGUG